AUGGCAAUGGCAAUGGCAAUACCACCAUCAAAAUUACUUUUCCCUUUUUUCCUCCUUAUCUUUCACCUCCUUGUCCUCAGUAUUGCACAACCAAAUCUACUGAGUCACAUUUGUUCAGAAAAUGGUAACUUCACUACUGGUAGUGACUACAAAUCAAACCUCAAUAACCUUUUCACAUCACUUUCUUCUGAUACCAAAAUCGACUACGGGUUUUACAAUGCCUCAUAUGGCCAAAACACCGACAAAGUUAAUGCAAUUUCACUGUGCAGAGGAGAUAAAAAUCCGGAAACCUGCCGCAGUUGCAUCAAGAACUCGAGCCAAGUGCUUACACAACUCUGUCCAAAGCAAAAGGAGGCCUUUAUUUGGUAUGAUGAUUGUAUGCUAAGGUAUUCGAACCGUUCCAUAUUCGGCAGAAUGGAAUUCGGGCCUUACUUUUGGAUGUACAGCACGGAUAAUGUUACCGAGGAAAAUGAGUUCCAUGAGAUGCUAAAUUCCUUGUUAGGCAGCCUCACAGACUUAGCAGCAGUAGGUGACUCUCGAAGAAAAUUUGCAGUAGGAAAUGAGACCACGAAGAACAAUCAUCAAACCAUGUACGCAAUUGUUCAGUGCACUCCUGAUUUGUCUACUGAGGACUGCGGUACUUGCCUGAAUAAAGCCAUUGAAUUGAUUCCAAAAUGCUGUAAGGGUAGGCAAGGAGGGAGGGUGAUCACACCUAGCUGUCAUUUUCGAUACGAAAAAGACCCUUUCUAUGAUCUUGCAGCCACGACAGUACUACCACCAUCUCCAGCGCCACUGUCAGUCCUUCCACCGCCACCAGUAUUUUCACCCCCAAAGGCAACAGCAGACCCAGCACCGCUGUUAAAAUAG